UUUCGCCAAGUGAGUGUCUCGUUAAUGCUUAAAUUUCUUCCGAAAAAUUUUCAAUCAACGUCUUUUAAAAUCGUUUUUCGUAAAUUUUCAUCGUCAAAAGUGCUUUGCACACCAAAUGAACGAUGAAAUUUAAAAUUUUGUGUUUAAUUUUCGUGAUUUUAUGUGAAAAUCAUUUCGCCCAACACGUGCUCGCCACUGAAUUAUCGACAUUCGAAGAAAAUUACAUCCGAAAUUUGUUCCAUAAGAACUUGGAAGAGGAUUAUCGAGCAUUUUCCAAUGAAAAAUUGACUCCAAAAAUCGCAGCGGAAAUUUCUGGUCGAUACAACGCUUUUCAAGAAAGUCGAAGGAAGAGACCAGAUCAUUCGAGAAUCAAGAGAGAAGCAACUCAAGAAGGCGGUGUUUAUGUCUUGGAUGGCUUCCAGGAGGCAGGAAGUAUUCCCGUAAACUUUCCAAUUGACAUUUGUUGCUUCCAAAUCGUGAAAAGAAAUUAUGCUGUGGCAUUACAUAAGACGUCUUCAACUAGCAACGACACAAUUUUGUCAAUUUUUCGUCGAGACGAUUCAAAUGGAGAAUUUAUCAAAAUUUACGAAUAUAAUACCAAAAAUGCUCAUUACAUGGACUGCACGUUCUCCUCAAUCGCUGGAUUUGUCGCUGUUGCUAACUACAUUGACGAGUCUGAGGAUUUUAUGGAAGCAAUUGAAGGCAGUUCUCCCGUUUUUCGUAUCACAAGUGAUGAAAAAGUUGAAAUUGUCUUGACUUUUUCGACGCCGUAUCAGAAUUCCAUUCAUUUUUGGAAAUAUAAUGACAACAUCUUCCUAACUCACACCUUUAAAUACCCUCUUGGUACAGCAGGUGCUCGCAAACGAUGUCCCAUCUACAUAUGGUCUGAAAGGCAAUUCACGUUGAUCGAUCGCAUCAAAUGUUUGAACUCCUUCCACAUUGAACGUUUCGAAAUUGAUCACGAAAUGUACGUCGCAGUCGCGAAUUUCGAAGAUGACAAUGGAAAAACCGACAUUUUCUCGUACAUUUACAAAUAUGACCUUGGAACGCAAUCUUUUCAGGAUUUUCAAAAGAUUGAAACGCACGCCGCUGACGAUAUUCGACAUUUUGAGUUCACAUACGGGGCACAACAUGACGAUUAUUUGAUCGUUGCGAACCAAUUUGAGGUUGAUGCAGCGGGAAAUCGCAAUUAUGAGACUUCGUCAGUUAUUUACAAGUUCAUUAACGGAUAUUUUGUGCCGUUACAGAGCAUGGUUUUCGAUCACGUGACUCAUGUGAUGCCUGUCAUCGGAAAAAAUCACGAAUUUCUCCUUUUGGUAGCUUGCAAGAACAAAGCUGUGCAAGUUUAUCAGUACGAUGGAUGGAAUUUUGUCGAAUCAACGAUCGAUUAUACGAGAUAUGCUUUCGGGGAUGGAGUUACGAGCAUUCGAGCGUACAAUAAUUUAGCUGAAGCAACGGUCAUUGCGAUUUCUAAUGAAAAUCACAAAGCUGGAGACACAAAUUUCUUUUUCCCCUUGUACACACUCAAAAAUGACAUCUCACAGAUCUACAAAAAAUUCCGGGAAUGGGUCGAUGCGACGAUCGAUCGUCAAAAAAAUCAAAAUUUAGAGGAAAUUUUGGAAACACUCAAGAAAUUGCCAAAAAUUAACGGACCUGAGCUCACAAUUUAUGGAAAACUUGAACUUGCUAAUGCGGUUGUUCAUCGCUUGGAUACCUGGGUACUUGAAACGCCUUCUUUGACUUUAGACAACUCGUUAGUUGAAAGAAUUAAUCAACUUCAUGCGAGAAUUGAACAAGUCAAAGCCCAAAUUCAUUAUUUGGAAGAAGUUUUAAUGCCUGGAAAGGAACAUGUCGAAGUCGCUUUCAAGAAAGAUCGUCCUCCGGUAGGAGAUCAAACGAAAAACGAAGAAAAAAUCGAAGAAAGUACGACGAAAGCAGCAGAAGUGGUGAAAGAAACUCCAAAAAUGACAGAGACACCAAAAACGGAGACAACUACAAAAGCAUCUGUGGAAGAAAAAGUCGCAAAUCCUAAAGAAGAAGAAAUUGUGAACGAAGUUAUCGAAGUCAACGACUUGUAUAUCAAGAAAAAACUCACAUUCACUACCAUUAACCAACGUCCCGCUAACAAAAUGGUCCGAAACUUCCCGAAUCAAGCCUUGAAUCUGCCGAAAAUUAAAAUAAAUGGCGAUGUCACGUUCCAAGAUCGCCUUUUCGUGUCAGAUAAAAUCGAUGAUGUCAAAUUUUCCAAUGAAAAUUUACUCUUACGAACCGGAAAUCAAUUUUUUAUGGGAAAUUUGGAUGCUGAAACGAUCGAAACGAACAAACUCAUGACUCCGUAUCUCAAUAAAGAACCAACUUCGGUCUUUUUGGAAAAGACAUUGAACGAACAUGUGGCUCAAAGUCGUAUGGCGAUGCAUUUCGAUGAGAUUGUUGUCGAUGAAUUAUUCGUUAAUGGCUAUUUUAACGACAUGGAUAUUCGAAUUUUUGACUCUCUUUUACUCAAACCUGAAGGAGAUCAAGUUUUGGAAGCAGCAUUCGCGAUAGAAACGUUGAAUGCGAAUAACGUCGUUUUGCUCGGAGGCACUUUGAGUGGAAAACAUUCACAAGAUUUAAUCUCAGCAAGGGAGGGAACGCAUAUUAUUGACUCUACGGUGCAAUUUACGCAUCCAAUUCAUGCGGAAAACUUGAUUGUUUCGGAAAGAGUGAACAAUAUUCAUGUCAAUGAAGGUCGAAUGGAUGUCCUGUUGAAGGAAGCGAACUACACUCAAGUAGUUACUGGUCCAAAAGUCUUCGAUACGGUCCAUUUACUGAACCCAAUUGGGCUGCAAGGCAAAAUAAAUAGUCAAAGUUUGGAAAAAAUGAAUCCUCUGACGACAAUCGAUCGAAAUCUCGUGCUAAAAGGCGAUUACGAAAUAAAUGGCGACGUUUUAAUCAAAAAUUUCAUGCAAAGUAGUGACAUUAUUGGUCGUUCAGGAGAAUUUUCAGCAAAUCGUCUCUUUAGACAUGGAUUAACUUUGGAUACAACUCAUUCCGACAAAUAUUUCGUCUUUACCCAACCGAUCCGCAUUGAUGAUGUCUACACAAAACCCAGCGAAACCUUUAAUCCCGAUGAUUUUGUCAAGACUGGCAGUGAUGAGAUCCAAUACGUGACGGGAUACAAAUCGUUCGCUAAUGAUAUCGUCGUAAAAGAUGGAUUUUGCGAGGCAAACGAGAUAAAUCGAGUAAAUUUGGAUGAAUUAGAGAAGAAUGUGUUGAAAAAAACGGGCGAUCAAGUCAUUUCCGGGCAUUUUCACUUGUCGAAGUUAACAACUCCGACAAUAACUGCUGAAGAAACAUCCUUCGAAAACGCUCGUUUAGAGGAAAUUUUGACUUUCGACACUCCUCAAACGAUUUCUGGACCCGUAACGAUCGACUCAAGUGUUCGCGUUCACAAUAACAUCGAAGCGAGAAAUUUAUUCAGCGACGGCGACUUUGCAGAUGGGAAUUUGCAGUAUUUGGUUGAAGAUACUGUCGUUCGAGAUGGUCGGCAUUACCAUAUAACCGCGGAAAAAAUAUUCGAUCGUGUCACUGUCGAUGAUUUAAAGUUCACUAUGGGCACUGGAAAGUUAAAUGGCAUCGCGAUGGAUACUCUGGUUUGGGAUUUGGACAUUUUCAGCGAUAAAUACAUUCAUAUAAACGACAGUUUGUACCAACCGAAGCCACUUAAGAUCAAAAAUUUGCAUGUCACGGGUGCAAUAAAUGGAGUUAAUGGUGCCGACUUUGGAAAAUGUUGGCUUUUGCAUGAGGGAGAUCAGGAAUUUGUAGCUCCAAUAACCGUCGAUAACUUAUUUGUGGAAAAUUUGAACUUGAACGGAUACCUAAAUGGGCACAACAUCAAUUAUUUGUAUGAAAAUACGAUUUGGCUCAAUCGUGACGAACAUUUGGGACAUGUAGAAGCCGUUGCUGUAACCGCUAUGGACCCUGUAACCCUCGGAGGACAUGUUUCAGGCAUGAAUUUAGCUUCGGAUGUCUUACUGAGAAAUUCUUCGUACGUUCAAAACGUUGCAAGUCUCGUCGCAAAGUCAAUUUCCGUCACAGAUUUGACCGUUCAAGACACUUUAAACGGCGUAAAUUACCAAAAAUUGGUAGAAUUUGCCACAAACGAUGCUCCGAUGAACGUUCACGUGCUGGGACAGAUAAAUUUCUUGUCACAGCCGGUGUUUAAGACGAUAAACGGCAUCGAUAUCGACGAAUUGUACGAACAUGCAUGGCUUGCGAAUCGUAAUGCGGUCCUCAAAGCCACUUACUAUCUCGAAAAUACGGAAUUCGUACACAAUAUUAUCUCAACGGGCUUCGUGAAUGACUUCGAUUUGGACUACAUUUCCAAGAAUUAUUUCAGUUUGACACAACCGCAAGACAUCCCGGGAGCUUUUUACUUCCAAAAUGGGACACUUUUUGAACACUUGAAGGUGGAUAGUGUAAAGUUGGAUGGAAAAAUUCGCGGAUUAAAUGAGCAGGAUUUCUUCGUCGACAUCAAUUAUUUGAAUGAAUAUGCCUUCAAACGUGGAGUUGAACAAGAAAUUAGCGGAAUUUGGGAAAUUUAUCAAGUAAAUGUUGAUGGUGACUUGAAUAACGUUCUUAUCAACGAUUACAACUUCCAAGAUGAUGUUGUGCGAUACGAUGUGCCUUAUAAUAACAUCACAGGACAAAAAUUCAUGGAAAAUUUACAUGUCAACAACGUAAUUUGUGCCUUUCCAACAUGCAUCAUUCAAGAAACCGACGUCAGUGAAUGGCUUUCGAACGCAGUUUUGGUCUACGGCAACUACACAAUCCAAGGCAAGACCACAGUCGAAAACGUAACUGUCUUCGGAGAGCUCAGAUCUGUUGGUACCAUCAACGGAAAGAAGUUUGACAGCUCCACGGUACUUUUGAGGGACUCAGAACAAACUUUGUUGAACAAAGUCUUCAUUCGGAACAAACAUCAGGACCGCAUCGUGCCAGUUUUCUUCGAAAAUUUACACGUAAACGCCAUAAAUGGAAAGAAUUUUAACGAAAUUUUGCAAAAAAUGGUCCCGCGACACGGAAUCUCAUCUGGAGUUGUAAAUAAUUUGGAACUUUAUGAACCGCUUCAAGUACGUCACUUACAUACGAAAGGAAAUCCGCUCUUUAACGUCGAUUUGCAACAACAAAUGAACGAUUACGAGCACUAUGGAGACUUUUCCGCCUACGAACAACAAUUUAAAAUGUUGGAAAAUGUCGGUUCAUACCUCGAAAAGGCCGUUACUCGUCCCGCUUACUACUUGAGUCAUCUUGAACUGCGAAAAGGCAUCUCGGGGGCAUUCACGGAUGUCCUUCCCGUUAAAUUGGUUGAAGAUACGUAUCACUUGGCAGCCUUUGAUCGCGAUGACACGAGUUUAAGUGUGCAAUUUUAUCAAUUUAAUCACACGGAAAAUCGAUUUGACGUCGAUCACUUCAUUCCGCCGCUUCGAACAACCGCAGAAAGUGGCGAAAGGAUCUUGAAUGUCGAAAUCGGGCAUGUUUUCGAUAUGGAUAACUUGAUUCUCGAGACACAAGCAAGCACGGGAGAGUUUAUUCAAACAAGUCUUGGAUUCUUCCAUGAAGAAGGCUUCCAGAGGCUAUGGCGCUUGAAUACCACACACCCCACAAAAUCGAGUCCUUUACGUUUAAGCGGCAUGGAUUGCAUUUUCCGGUAUUCUGAAGUCGUUUCCACGUCAGAAAUUGCUUGCAUCGGUCGUAACGGGAUAUUUUUGUAUCAAAAACUUGAAGGAGCUCCCAUUUCGCAGGUUGUUACUUUGGGCAGUGAUGAGCAAAGGAGUAAUUCUGUGAUAGUUUUGACCUCCGAUGGCAACAUUGUCAUCUACGAACCUCAAAAUAUCAACGAAAAUGAUAAACUUACGUCGCCAAAACAGUCGUUGCAACCCAUGAACCCCUCCUACAUUCAAGCUGUGACCUAUGACGAGUAUUCUUACAUCGCAGUUUGCUCAGACAAGACCGAAAAUGCAGCUCAUUACGGUUCAAUUGAGAUUUAUCGCGCACGAAAAGGUGCGGAAUUCACUCAUUUCCAGACAAUAAGCAUCAAAAUCCCGUUAAAAGUUGUUUUUAGCAAGUUGGAGUCGAAUGACUUGCUAAUGUACGUUCUCACCAACAACCCAUCGCAAAGUAUUAUUGUGUAUCAGUACACAGGAGCAGCGGGUUUCAAGGAAUUUAUCGCGAGUUCGACCCUUCCACGGGGAAAAGGCAUCCAAAUGGUUCGAAUGCCGGAUGAAAAGAGAGAAAUUUUGGCAAUUAUCACCGAAAAAGAUGUCAUGUUUGUCGAACCAAUUCUCAAAAAGUGAGAAUUUUGAUUUGUUAUUGGUUAAAAAAAAAAAAAAAUAAAGAAAUUUUGUUGUUGUUG